AUGUUACAAGCUUUGUCCCUUGGAGCUAAUAAACUAGAGGGUCAGAUCCCAUCUGAUCUUUGUCAUCUAAAGAGCUUGUAUAUGUUGUUUCUAUAUAGCAAUAAGCUUUUUGGACAUAUUCCAACAUGCAUAAGCAAUCUAACUUCCCUAGGAUAUCUCUACUUAGAAUUCAACCAAUUAACUUCCACGAUUCCUUUGAGCUUGUGGAGCCUUACAAAUCUCUUGGAGGUUGACCUGUCAUCCAAUUCAUUAACUGGCAUUCUUUCAUUAGAGAUUGGAGAUAUGAAAGCCAUGGGGAUAUUGAAUCUAUCAAGAAAUCAACUAUUAGGGAAUAUCCCAAGAACAAUUAGUGGCCUUAUACAUCUAACUAAUCUCUCUUUAGCAGUCAAUCAACUAGAAGGUUCAAUUCCAGAGUCUUUUGGCGAGUUGUUAAGUUUGGAGAGCUUAGAUCUUUCCUACAACAAUUUAUCUGGAAGAAUUCCCAAGUCCUUAGAAGCACUUUUAUACCUCAAGUAUUUAAAUGUCUCUUUCAAUAAUCUACGAGGGAAAAUUCCAAUAGGAGGACCAUUUGUACACUUCUGGUUUGCUUCAUUUAUCUCAAAUGAUGCGCUUUGUGGUGCUCCUUGA